CUGUUGCACUCUCCAAUAAGCUUACUACGUGGCUUUCUCUCUGUCGCGAACAUUUUCUUCAGCGAUACCUCACAAAUUUCCGUAACAGCCACCACAACUUCCGGGGUCGAUCUCCGCCAAUUCCGGUGAAGUCACACACGCCGGCAAGCGAUCUACUUGCUGGAGUCAAUGCUUCCCUCGUCGUAUAAGAUCCACUGGGGGACGAAUGAAUGAAAGGAAGAGGAACGGUUAUCAAUCCCGAAUAAGCACUCCAGAAUUUUCUCUCAGCUUUGUGCAUUAGGAUUCUGGUAUUUUUAUGUGAGACAAGAAAUUUGAGCAUCUGAUUCGUUGGUAAAAUGGUUUCCUUUGAGAUGAAUGAUCCCAAGAAGAUUGGAUUAGGCUUGACUGGCUUUGGCAUAAUUUUCACAUUCCUUGGGAUUAUAUUCUUCUUUGAGAAGGGAUUGCUAACCAUUGGAAAUAUCCUCUUCAUUUCUGGAGUGUCCUUAACCAUUGGACUGAAAUCCACCAUACAAUUCUUUACGAAGAAGAGUAAUUUUAAGGGAACAGUUUCAUUUGGAAUUGGAUUCUUCAUUCUUCUGAUGGGAUGGCCUAUUUUGGGCAUGAUUCUCGAGGGCUAUGGGUUCAUCUUAUUAUUUAGUGGAUUCUGGCCUACACUGGCUGUUUUUAUGCAGAAGAUUCCUAUUCUUGGCUGGUUGUUGCAACAGCCUUUUAUUCGCUCGUUGUUCGACAGCCAUAGAGUCAGACGUGUGCCGGUGUAACACCGCGAUUUUGGGGAAAAAUAAUAUAGCUGCUUGCAAUUGCAGAGAUAAGUUGAUGUACAGAAAAUGAUUGUUAUUUUGUGAUGAUAAUCAUUUUAUUGGAAAGAAACUGAAAAACGAAAAUCGUGGAGCUUGCCGGUUCUGAAACUCCAUGGUUACCGUGCAAGACAUCUAUUGGAAGCAUCUCUCUUCGAGUGUCAUUGUCGCAUCUGUUCACACCCUCACCUGAAAAGGAAUAUAAUGACUCCUUUAUGUGAUUUCAAUUUUCAGACCAUGUUGGUCCAGCAAUCUGAAACUUGUGAUUCAAUUUUUUAUUUUUUUAACUAGCGUAGGUUCCAUGAGUUGUUGCUUGGAGUACAAGAAAUGAGAUAGUUCAUGGUUCACAAUAGUGAAUAGUGUGACUUGUUCGAAUUUUUACAUUGAAUAUAGAAUUUUUUUGUGAGUC